AUGGCUCCAUCAGCGUCUGCUGUGGACCAGGAUUCACCUGCCUCACCAAUGGCCUCUGUCAACAAGGACAGAAUCUUUUUCGAGGGACAUGCACAGAUUCCACAUGGAAAAGCGAGAGCUGCCCAAAGUUUUGCACAAGCGGUAAGCCACUCAGGAAGCCAACGUGAAGUUCUUUCAGGGCUGAGGGAAUACAAUGAUUGCUUAGGGCGACAACUCGACAACUGGAUGUCAUCUUGUCCGGGUGUGGGAUCAGGCUACUUUUGCUGUGGAGUCGAUGAUUCGUGCUGUAAAAAUUCAACCCUCAUUCUUGACCUUGGAUUUGGCACUGCCAUAACCACAGCCUCGUCAACCUCAACCUCCUCGACAUCAACGGCAUCUAAUCAACCCACAUCGACGAUAGCUUCGAGUCAAACAACAUCGGCCAGUAGUAAUCUACCCAGCACUCACAACAAUAACGUGCAGGUCAAUGGCAACGAUACCCCUGGCACAAAUGUCGCCCUCGCUGCUGGAGUCGGUGCAGGUGUCGGCCUCCCAGUAUGUGCAGCUAUCGUGGCAUUCAUUUUCUUCUGCCGGCGCCGACACCGCCAAGUUGCGUUGGACAAGGAUUUUUCCGAAUCUCAACCCCGAAAGCUGCCUCUGAGGGAGUUGGAGUCGAACGCCCCACGCUCAGAGGUGGGUUCGACCGCAUUAUGCGAGCUUUCAACUGCUUCAUUAUGUGAACUUUCAACCGCGCGAGGAUAA